AUGCGUCGUGACAAGACCCUCAAGAUCUGUGCCAACCACUACAUCCACCCUGAAUACAAGCUGUCGCCCAAUGUCGGCAGUGACAGAAGUUGGGUGUACAACGUUGCCUCUGAUAUCAGUGAAGGUGAGCCCGAGGCCCAAACUCUGGCCAUCCGUUUUGCCAACGCCGACAACGCCAAUGCCUUCAAGGAGGAGUUCGCCAAGGCCCAAGCCCUCAACAAGGAGGCCAGCAAAUAA